GCCCCGGGGCCCGCGGGGAAGACGCGGUGCCGCAGCGCCUGGAAGCAGAUGUUGAAGUUAUGCUUCUCAUCUCAGCCUGACCUUGACACCUGAGUGCUGUGACCCCUUCAAAAUUGCAACAACAACAAAACAAAACCAAAAAGAAAGUCCUGGCAAUUCGUUCUCAUACAAAACAAAAUUUGAGUUUGCCUCAUCUGCACCUUGGAGAGUUUCACAACAAUAUGCAGAGUCAGGUCACCCUCAUGCUGUCUUGCUCUCCCAUGUGACAGGAUCACCCCUGGGGGUGCUGCCUUCUCCCCUUUUUGUUCUGCCUGCUUCCCUCUGCAACCGUCUAUCACACAUGUGUCAUCAUACAAAGGCUGCUUUGCUCUUUUUAUUUGUCCUGCCAGUGUUUUUGCUUACAUUACAUCACACCAUUGUGUACCCUUCAGUGAUAGAAAACUUUCAAUAAUUUUAAAUUUGGUAAGAAUGGCAUCCCAGGAGAAAAGCAAACAGGUGGAUGAUAGCAGUGCAAGAGUGAAGAGGGUAAGAAAGGUGAUGUCUAUCGCCAACAAAAUGAGAGUUCUCGAAAUGCUGGACACUGGUGAAACCAAUAGCUCCGUAGGGCGUUUUUUUGGUGUCAAUGAAUCUACAAUUCGUACGAUAAAGAAAAAUGAGAAAGCAAUUCGAGCCAGUGCCUCGAGGGGUACACCAGAGUCCUUGAAAAAAUCAUACUUUACCCGAAAUGCCACCUUAGAAAACAUGGAAAGAGAAUUGCAUCUGUGGCUUCUAAAUCAGAGAAGUCUGAAUAACCCUCUCUCUGUAUGCGUCAUCCGCCAGCGAGCAUCAGAAAACUGCCAGUUUCAAUUUCGAUCUGGACCAAAACUUCUCACGUUCAUUGCAAGUAAUGGGUGGUUGGAUAGAUUUAAGAAACGCUAUGGUCUGUAUGAAAAGAAGUGGCUGGCAGAUGAAGCAGAUCGCGAAGCUGCGGCAAAGUACCCUGAAUACCUGAAGCAGGUGAUAGAGGAGAAUGGCUACGCGCCCCAACAGGUCUUCAAUGCUGACGAGAUGGUAUUCUUCUGGAAGCGCAUGCCCACUCGCACCUCUAUUGCCAAGGAAGAGAAAAACAGCAAAGGUUUCAAGCCUGGAAAAGACAAGCUCAAAGUCCUGCUUUGUUCGAAUGCUUCUGGUGACUUUCUGAUUAAACCCAUGUUGCUUCACAGACACGGGAAUCCUUGUCCUCUUAAAAGACAAUGCCAGAAACACGUUUCCGUCUUCAUGAGGGGAAACAAUAAAAUAUGGAUCACCGAGAAACUCUUUUUGGACUGGUUUUUGAAGUGUUUUGUUCCGCAGGUUAAAGUAUAUUUAAAAGAAAAAAACCUGGAGUUCAAAGUGUUGCUGAUCCUGGACACGGCUCCCACUGACAAAAGCACCAUAGUCCGUGCUAAUCCGCACGUUAAGGUCAUUUCCAUCCCCCCCAAUACAACCUCACUCCUUCAACCCAUGCAUCUGGGCGUGCUCAAAAUGUUAAUGAUUUACUACACUCGACAUGUUUUUGACUACAUUGCAGGUCUUAUGAAAGAGACUCCAGAACUUACAGUGAAAGAAGCUUGGCAAAAGUUCUCCGUCUGCGAUGCUUUAACCAUAGUCGACGAAUCAGCGAGAGAAAUAAAACAGUCGACCCUGAAUGGUGCCUGGUGGAAACUUUGGUGUGAGGUUGUAACUGAUUCCCAGAGUGUCAUUCCGGUGGUAGAAGAAAUUGAGAAUGUGGUAGCAUCCGCAAAACGUUUAGGUGGUGAAGGAUUUGAAGACAUCGAGUCCAGUGACAUUGCUGAGCUCUUGGAUUCCCAUCCUCAGAAGGUAGCUGAGAAAUAUUUCAAAGAAUUGGUCACAGCAAAAGUUGAUAAAAAAGCUCAGCAUAGGUUAGUAUCUGAAACACUAAACAUGUCAAAGCUCCCACCCCACCAACCACAUUGCUGUGAGGAUUCAGAGGACAAAGAUGAUUCCAAGGAAUAUUUACCUCCGCACAGGGAAGAAGAAGCUGGGCCAGCAGACAGUGAGGUCCGAACCCAUGCCACUAAGGACUCGCCGGAAGACCACGCACCGGCAGCCCCUCCGAGUGAUCCCAACUCCGGCACCCUGGCUGAUGCUUGUGAGGCUGGAAAUGGAGCAGAAGACUGAGCUCGCUUGUCUUCAGACAAAAUCCACUUUCUCCAUUCUGUCCUUUACCACUGUUGAUGCGUGAUUGUCUUCUCAUUAAGAUCAGAGAGUAAUAGAAAGUAAUUACCCGAUGAGCACUAUUGCUAUUGUAAAAUACCAUCCAGAUUCACUUGGGGUUUUAUUUCAGUAAACAGACCAAUUUUCUGGGCUUUCAUAAUAGUUCCUUCCCUGCCCCAGUUCUUCCUCAAGCCUCAUCAGUUCCCCAACACAGAUUCCUCUACAUGAGGAUUUCGGGAACUCGACAACCCAGGGAGAGGGUGCUCUACUUGUUUUGACAAUUUGAUUUUGUGUUCUCUUUUCUGAGAUCUAUUUUAAAUUUUCAUUUACAUGUUUCAGUCUGACUUUCCAUUCCAACAGGGAGAAUCAAAACCUUUUCCUUUUCACUUGUAUAAGUUCAUUUGUUUGACAGCCAUGGUGUAAGGGAGCUCUUGGUGGCUCUGGAAAGGCAGCACAUAUUUACUUUGUUACCUAAUCAAGGCAGAGAAACUGCUAGUUUAUUUCUAGAGCUUUCUUUUCUCAUCUCUGGUCUUCUCAGUGAUUUGAAAAGUUGAAUAUCUUACAGGAAAGAGACGGGGACAUUUCCUCCUCCUAAGGGUGGUGAAAAUACAGUGAUUCCUUGCUUUCCCCAGCCUGGAGUUGUGAAUAAUAAGCUACCUGUAGCUUGAGUUUGAAGUGCUCAGAGAUAGGAAAAAAAUAAGGUGGUUAAAAGGGCUUGCUUGCAUAGUUAAAUGGGGGUGCCAGAUGUUCCCUGAGAAGUUUGAAGAUUGGAAAACCCAGCGUAAAGGACUGUAGCUCUAGAAACUUACCAGUGCCAUAGCAGCUCACGCUCCCCCUGAUCCUGUGUUUCGCAGUGCUGACUGCCCAGCAAACCUUGCUGGGGAGCUCUGAAAAAUACAGAUUUUGAGACCUGUCCAUAGACACCAUGAAUCAAGGAUGGGGCACCAUCUUUGUGUUUUGAAAGCUCCUUAAUUGAUUUUGUUCCUACACCUAUGAUUGCAAGCUACUGUUCUAGACAGUUAUAAUAGACAAUAUAAUACACAUGGUAGUGGACCCAGGAAUUAGGAAACCUUGAUUCUAAGUUUCUGCUCUUCCGCCAAUUCAGUAGAUGACCUUAUUAGAUCACUACUCUUCCUUUCCUGUCAAAGGAGAGUAGGUCCUUCUAUCUUUGACAUUGUCACUUUGAGAGAAAGAUACAUCAACCUCACUGGUUGACUUUGAGAGUACCUAACUCCUUCCUAGAGACCAAGGUAAGUAGCACGCCUCUGUAUGCUGUUGCUGUUGUUUUGAAAAUGGUGUUUGUAGUUCAAUGUGUACCUUGGUUUAGUCCCUCCCAGAAGAGAGAGUUGGGCAUAGAUGCCAUAUAAAAGUUUGAGGGUUGAGGUGGGGGGGCAAGCAUAGCAUCAGUGUCCUAAAAGGGUGAUAGGGAUACCACCUGAGUUUCUUUGUAUAAUUGUUUUUUCUCAAGUUACAUUGUAUGGGGAGAAUCAUAAUUCAUAGUUAUUGUGGGUAAAAUGCGUUACCAUUUUGUUGACUGUUUCCGUAAGUCAGAGCAGAGGACUCUGGUUACUGUUUCAACUUUCCAUGGGUAAACAGUAUAUUCUUACCCAUUUCUAGAGGUAAAUAUUUGGAAGUUAGUGAUCUUUGACCAGUAUAAUCAGUGGUCCAAUAUGCCUUUAAAGAAUGUGCUUUUCUGAUAAUUUUACCACUCAUUGAGAUUACUGUUUUGGCAUUUUGUUCUCUUUCUUCGCCCAGAGUUAGGUAAAUCAAAUUUUAACUUGAAUACAUUAACCAGGAACUCCUAAAACAUAAUACAAUUGUGGUAGGAAUGCCAACAUUUUGGUUUGAUCGAUGGAAACAUAUGUAUAGGCCCAGGGUCAUUUGAAAUAAAAUAUUGGGAUAAACAUAAUUCUUGUUUUAAGGUAAGAUCUAGUUAAAGUGACGAAGGAAUAUCAUCAAUGAGGGUGAAGGGUAGAACAUUUUGAUGUGCUUGAGUUUAACAAGUCAGCAGAAUUUACUGGAGGAUGUACAAGUGUGGUACUGGUUAACUGGUAGAAAUAGAAGUUAACACUGCUGUGUAAAUGGGUACUUCUUUUUUUUUUUUAAGAAUAACUCCCAAAUUUGAAAAGCUGAAGUUUUUCGAGUAUGUUUUAUGCACAGUUUGAGUGGAAAUAAUCUUUCUGUUGUCAAAUGGUUCAGGUAAAAUCUUGUGGUCAGUAUUAUAAAGUACGUGGAAAGUUCCUUCUUUCCAGUCAUAAUUUAACCACAGUCAAAAAAUGAAAAAGGGCAGCUCAGGUUGCUGAAAUUUGUUGAAAAUAUUAGAAAACUGGUAUAUUUUAAAAGAAACUUUGUUUAAAAUCUUUCAAGUUCAAAAUGCAGAGAAGGUUCUCAACUACACAUUUGAGUUCUGUGGCUACCACCACAUGGCAGCUAAUAAGGGGCUCUGGUAUGUUUAGUCAGAACGAUCUUGUGGACCAUGCUUGUGCUGUGAAAUCCAUCAAUUGCUGAAUUUUAAAAAAUAUUCCUUCUUAACAGUUUUUGAUGUCAGUGUGUUGUGGUUGUUUUAAGAAUUCAGAAAUAAAUGUUGUGUGCUAUGAACAGACUAUAUAUAUGUUUUGGGGAAUCAUAAAAUAAAAAAAAGAAAAAGUGCAUUUCAUUAACACAAAUAAAUACUGAGAAAUUAAACAUGAAUCGA